GCAGAGAGUAUAUCAUUCCAUCCUUGGCGCACAGAUUUAUGGCAGAGAUGGUGGAUUUCUUUAUUCUAUUCUUUAUAAAAGCGACCAUUGUCUUGAGCAUCAUGCAUCUCAGUGGAAUAAAGGACAUCUCUAAGUUUGCCAUGCAUUAUAUAAUAGAAGAAAUAGAUGAAGACACAUCAAUGGAAGACUUGCAGAAAAUGAUGAUUGUGGCACUUAUAUACAGGUUGUUAGUUUGUUUCUAUGAGAUAAUUUGCAUUUGGGGAGCGGGGGGAGCUACUCCAGGAAAGUUCCUGCUAGGGCUUCGAGUUGUGACAUGUGAUACAUCGGUACUAAUUGCUCCAAGUCGGGUUUUAGUGAUUCCUUCCUCAAAUGUUAGCAUCACAACGUCCACCAUACGAGCUUUGAUCAAGAAUUUUUCUAUUGCUUCUUUUUUCCCUGCUUUCAUCACACUGCUGUUUUUUCAGCACAAUCGAACAGCCUAUGACAUUGUGGCAGGAACCAUUGUGGUAAAAAGAAAUGGGGUCAGAUGAUGCCCCAGAGCCCUGAAUUCCACUCUUUGGAAUAAUAAUGACAAGACUAAAUUAUGUAUCAAGGCCAUCAGUAUCUCUAGGUUACAUUAAUUGAUGAUUUAAAAAUUAGAGCAGUCACUAUGGUGUGACACAGGGGACUAUUCUGAAAGUGUUGACCAUACUUAAAUGUCAAGGAACUUUUCCAAAAGGAAAACCUAUUAAAUUCAAGUGUUAAAUAUUUGUAGAACAAAGCAGAUGGUUUCGAUCAAUAUAGACAAACGCAUACUUUCACAUUUAAGAUAACCAAAAUUUUCUGGAGGCAUUUUCGGCUUUAAAUUCUCCCAUUUUAUUCUGGCUUAUCCUAGAGUGAUUGAAAAAUGUCCAGUUGUGUUUUAUAAACACCUAUAUACAUAACUCCCACAGCUCUUCUUAUGGAAGUUGCUUUGUGUGGGCAUUGAGAAAGCUUCAACUCAACAACCCACUGGCUCCAUGGCAGGUGUUGGAGAAAAGGGCUAGUGAGGAAGGCCUAGCAGUCUCCUCACCUCACACUUCCUGGAUGUUCUAGAAUUCACUGCAAUGGUGGUGGAAUGUUAUAGCUUUUUAUUAAGUAUUUGGAGGCAAGAAUUUUCAUGAUGAUGAUAAAAAUGUAUUGAGUCAUAUCAUUGAUACUUAAAAAAAAAAAGGUAAGUUAGUCAUUGCCUUCUGUGGGGGGUGGGGAUGGGGAUGUGAAUUUUCGAUGUAAAUUCAGCUUAGGCUUUAUGUGCCCUAAAUUCCAACUCUAAAUAUGUGGGGGAAACAUUCGAACAUUCCCAGUGUGCUCUCCAGUGUUCUGAAUGUACCUGUAGAUUCAAUUUCUGUACAAGCAAACUAAGGCACUAUAUUCUAUACAGUUCCAUGAAUGUCAAAACAUCAAGGUAUUAGUAUUUAGAGAGGAGUCUGUGAAAUACUAGCCGUUUUCCAUGCUGACUUGUUCUCUCUAAAGCAAAGCAAAGUAUCAUCUCUGUACAUUAUUCUGGCUUCUUUAAGCUCAUUUUGGACGAAAAUGUUAAAAAAAACUUUUGUGUAUGAUCCGUUGUACUUUGCGCUGUCGGUGCAACAUUGUUAGGUCUGUGUGCUUUUGUUGUAUCCCAGUCAGCUAACUGUACCGAAAUGUACCCGUAUCGUUUAUAGUUUAAACUUACUCAUUCUUGUAUAUAAUCUUCCCAAGAAACACUAAAUUGUAUUGCACAAGAGAUCAGUCUUUGUUCCUGGGUUUUAAGUAGCAAGAAUAAGCCAUGUGUUAUUACUGUAUCAACUUUCAGUGAGCUUUUCUUGACAUUUAAAACUGAAAAUGCAAUGUCUAUAGACACUUUAAGAAUCUAAUAACUUAUUGUAGGAGUUCAUAAACCAUGGUUUUUCAAAAUAAUUCUUAAAUCCAACUUCACAGAAGGCCUAUUACUUGUCAAGAGCAGUGUGUAGAGCACGUGUGGCCCUGGCAAGAACUCAUGGCUCUUCAAACUUACACUACGAAUCAGGAAACUGGUGUGGACACUACUUUUGCCACUGAUAAGGGACAUCACGUUGAAAUGUGCUUCACCCAGCAGCUCUGGAGUAUUUGAUUAUUGUUUCCUACUCAGAUUAUUGUAGUUCUCACAGAGGGUAUUUUUUAUACAGUAAAAUAAGCAAGCAGUUAAUUUGUUAUAGUUUAAAUACUGCAAUUUGCUAUGAACAAGUUAUUUAGUUCCAGCUGUGGAUUCAAGUUGUGCCAUACAGGCUGUAAAAGUAUUGCUUUGCCUCUACAAUAAAACCUCAAUCUGUUGUAAGUUCAGCACUUAGGGAAAGAAAUCUCAAGAGUUGAAAUAAAAAGGAGAAAAGGGAACCUGCCACAUUUUUUCUUGUAAAAAUGGAGCCUCCUUCACAGAACAUGAGUGUAUUCAAUUAUAGAAAUACUGAUUUCCUGUGUCUCAUUCUGAAGCUAUAUCCUAUACCUAUAAAACAGCAAACCGAAGUGAGAAAUGAAAAUAAUCUUUAAUGAGCAUGCGUACCUUAAGCUGAAACCACCUUAGGGACUGGAGUCUUGUUGCUGUAUUACCAUUCAGUCCAAACAACUGGGAAGAGGCUUAGGCAGUCAGAUGGUCUCAUUAUCCAUCACUGAAAGUGUUCUGGUAUGGCUGUAUCUUGGAGUAGGAUGUUCGGGUAACAGUGCAAUGGCAAGCCUUACUUUAUGAGCUUCUCUGUGACCAUAAACACAUGCCACUUGACAGUAUUCUAAAGCAUCGCCCAACUCCUCCUCUAGCGCUGGCUUAAUUCUCCCUACAUGGCACUUACCUUCUCGUCUCCAAGAAGGCAUCCUAGUUGAUGGCCACUUUGUCCACGACUCAAAAAUGAUUCUUCAAAGGAUCAUAAAACAUUUUAACUUUACAAGAACUUGUUCACAUCAAUGAUUUGAAUGUUUCACUUACACACCUGUUUCUGGCAAAGGAAAGGAGUUAAAAUUUUGCAUUUGCUACUUGGAGGAUGGGGCAAUUAAAGUUUCUCAUUGUUCCUUUGAGGACAAUACCUAAAUUAACAGUAUUCCUAAACUUCUGACCAGUACUUUCAGCUUCUUGCAGUCCUCCAUUUAUGUAACCAAAGAUCAGUUGUUAUUCGUGCCUGGGUGAAGUUCCUUAUUUCAGCCGUUAUGUGCAGAUUUCUUUGUAGUUCACUAUAGUGGGGGGCUUGCCCUAUAAACAGUAUCUAAUGACCCACCUAUAAAUAAAACUCAGCAUUCUAUUUUUAAUAUUUGUAUGUCAUUAGUUUGUAUUUUUCGUCUCAAUAAAUAUGUCAACAGUG